AUGAGCAGGUGGGGCUGCGGCGCAGACAGUGCGCUGAGCUCAGCGUCUGGCUGUGUGGAGAUGGCCGGGCCAGGGUUUCGGGGCCACCCCGCCGGACCUCUCCUGCUGCUGCUGCUGCUGCCCCCGGCCCUGACGGAAGGACCCCUGGUCUUCGUGGCGGUGGUGUUCCGCCAUGGCGACCGGGCCCCGCUGGCCUCCUACCCCACUGACCCGCACAAGGAGGUUGCAUCCACCCUGUGGCCACGUGGCCUGGGCCAGCUGACCGAGGAGGGGGUCCGCCAGCAGCUGGAGCUGGGCCGCUUCCUGAGGAGCCGCUACGAGGACUUUCUGAGCCCCGAGUACCGGCGGGAAGAGGUGUACAUUCGCAGCACAGACUUUGACCGGACACUGGAGAGUGCUCAGGCCAACCUGGCGGGGCUGUUCCCUGAGGCCGCCCCAGGGCGCUCCGAGGCUGCCUGGAGGCCCAUCCCUGUGCACACCGUGCCGGUCACUGAGGACAAGCUGCUGAGGUUCCCUACGCGCAGCUGUCCCCGAUACCGUGAGCUGCUGAGGGAGGCCACGGAGGCCGCUGAGUACCAGACCGCCCUGGAGGGCUGGACGGACUUCUUGACUCGCCUGGAGAACUUCACGGGGCUGUCGCUGGUCGGGGAGCCGCUGCGCAAGGCGUGGAAGGUCCUGGACACUCUGAUUUGCCAGCAAGCCCAUGGUCUUUCCCUCCCAUCCUGGGCCUCCCCAGAUGUCCUGCAGACACUAGCUCAGAUCUCGGCUCUGGAUAUCGGAGCUCACGUCGGACCACCCCAGGCAGCGGAGAAGGCCCAGCUGAGUGGGGGAAUCCUGCUAGAUGCCAUCCUGGCUAACUUCUCCCGGGUGCAGCGCUUGGGGCUGCCACUCAAGAUGGUUAUGUAUUCCGCUCACGACAGCACUCUCCUGGCCCUCCAGGGGGCCCUGGGUCUGUACGACGGGCACACACCGCCUUACGCCGCCUGCCUCGGCUUUGAGUUCCGGCGGCGCUUGGCCGACGCGGACCGCGACGACGCAGACCGCGACCACCCAGGAUUCAAAGUCAGCGGCAGGGAAGGCGAGGAGGGACCAAGGCGCCCCCUCUCUCCCUCCAGGAACGUCACCGUCUCCCUCUUCUACCGCAACGACUCUGCUGGCCUGCCCUUGACUCUCCGCCUCCCCGGGUGCCCAGCCCCCUGCCCACUAAGCCGAUUCCGCCAGCUGACGGCCCCCGCCCGGCCUCCGGCUCACGGGAUCCCCUGCCACGGCUCCCACGAGCCCGCCACCCCCGCAGGUGACGGCCCUCGGCGCUGGGGUGGGAGUGGGGGGCGCCGGUCUCGAGACUCACACCCCCGUGUUCUCCCCGCAGCCACCGUGGUGCCCCUGUUGGCUGGGGCUGUGGCCGUGCUGGCGGCCCUCAGCAUGGGGCUGGGCCUGCUGGCCUGGAGACCUGGCUGCUUGCGGGCCUGGGGGGGCCCCGUGUGAGCCAGGAAACCGGGCACCCCUUCCCCCACAACUGAACCUGGAUCCUAACACAUCUGCUCACCCGCU